AAGUCCCCGAGAAUUCCCAGCGAUUCAGAGAAGAGAGAAGGAGAAGGAGAAGAAGAGAGGAAGGCAGCGAUGGUGGGAGAGGGGAAGAGGGUGGAGUCGCUCGGAUGGCUCACCGAGUCGUCGGUGAUGCCGAAGAAGCACAAGGCCAUCGAGGGCGUCGGCGCCUCCUCCAUCGUCGAGCUCAAGGCCCAGCUGUAUCGCACUCAGGAGGAGACACGUAAGUCCAAAGACUCCGACGCUGAGUUCCUCCGCGCCAAGAAGAAGCCCCUCUCCAAUGAUCUCUUUUCUCACAAGAACACCGGUGUUGAUGCCCGUGCUCAUCGUGAUAAAAUGGAGCUGAAAGCUGUAAAUGAUGGUUCGGUUAGUUAUGCGGCAUUGGAGAGGAAGGCUGAGUUGUAUGAUAAGCUAGCUAGAGGUGAGCUUCCUGAUGAAGAAGACAAGGAGAAAUAUUGUGUGGAUUUUUUCCAGAAGAGUCUUGUUGAAGAUCAACCUCAGCUGUCAGAAUCAGAUAACACCUCUAAUAGCAUGCCACAAGAAAAUAAAGAUAGUGAUGCAGAUGAUAUGCUGCCAAAUUCAAGACCAGUGGUGUCUGACCAGGCAAACUUCAAAUUAGACCAUGAGGAACAUAAACGCUUUGUAAGGGAAGUUCAUGAGGAAGCAACUCAAGAAAGAGAGAAGGCAACGUCAAUCAAGUUGCGGCGACAAGAGCAGUUGGCUGCUCGCAGAGAGAAACUGAGGCAGGCUUAUUUGAGGAAACAACUGGAGAAACUCACAUCUGAAAAAUAGAAAUGUUGCAAAAUGGUGCUUGCGCUCACACUGUCGAUUCUUGACAAUAUGCCUGGCCAAUUUCAAAUAGCCAGUAUGUUAUAUUGUAUAAUUUAAUCAAUCCUGCUAGGAAAUUUUCAUAGAAAUAAUGUCAGAUGCUCUUCCAAGAUUGUUCAUCUCCUAUCAGGCUGUAAUGAUUACCAAAAAAAAAUAGAGCUGUGAUGCUUCUGUGUGGUCUUUUUAU